AUGCAGGCAGUGCCCAAGCUAGACCGGGAACUGACCCCUCCAAUUUCAUUACCUUCCACUCAUAACCAAAUGGUUGUCGCCGAAACCAAAGAAGAUAUGGAACUGUCAAACGUUUUACUCAACGCCAAGCAACUUCUGCAUAGACUAUCGUCUGAACAGGUGAAGAGUCCUGCAGAGAAUUUGCAAGGGUUACAUGGCAGUAUGCUAUCCCCACCUGAUCGCCCUUUGUCUGAAAAAGCUACGGUAGAUCAAAUUUCUUCAGCUGCCCAAGUAAUUGACAUACCUGAUCAAAUGGGUGUUUUGCCCGUUCUAAAAUCAUUGGUCUAUUCAUUGGAAUUCGCAUCAAGACAGCUCCAACAAUAUAAAUUUAAAAACAUGAUGCUAACAUCGGCUAACAACGAUAAUGAGUUGAGAGUCAAUGUGGAAAGAAACUUGAAGAAACAAGAAUUGGAGCGAAUGAAGAAUCAACUGCUAAUGACAAAACAAAAUCUGAACGAAAGAUUAAACUCAAAGGAUAUAAAGAUCAGGAAGUACAAGAAAAGGAUCAUUGAGAAAAACAAAGAAAUCAACAAACUAGCCAGGAUGUUGAAUAUUUCUGCGGCCGAAAUUAACCACAAUAAUGGUUCCUCUUUUGAAUAUUCCAAUUCCACAAUAUCAUCAUUGCGAACGACGACUACGGCAGAGACGUCAGACACCCAUGGAGAUACCAGCGCAAACAGAUUUCAAAGAUCUAAUAUGCUGAGAACUCUGGGGGCGUUGGCGAGCCAAGUUUUGAAUGAUGAAACGGAGACACUUCCAUUAACAGAACAAUAUUACAAUCUGGCAGUAAACUAG